CUGUGUCUCUUACUGGUGAGAAAAUCCCUGUAAAGAUAUUGCGGGAUACUGCUGCUUCUCAAUCCUUUAUUUUGGAGGGGAUUUUGCCGUUAACUGAUGACACUGCAAUUGGUUCGGAUGUGCCGGUUCGUGGUUUUGGCAUGCAAGACAUUGGUGUUCCUCUGCACAGAGUCGUGAUCCAGUCUGAGCUGUGGUCUGGUGACGCUGUGGUUGGAGUGCGCCCUAGUUUUCCCAUACCGGGCGUCUCCAUGAUCCUGGGCAACGACUUGGCUGGGGGUCGAGUGUUAGUUACUCCAGACGUUACACCCGUCCCGGUGUUGCGCACCUGUCCAGAUGAGCUUGCUCGUACCUUCCCGGAUGUGUUCACGUCGUGCGCAGUUACGCGCGCGGCACUUAAGCGUCAACAAGAGGAAGAUAAAGAUGACCUGGAUUUGAGUGAAACUUUUCUAUGCGACGCUGAACCCGAACAUGUCCCAUUAAAGAAAAGUGUGGAGGAGGACAUGUUUGAUGUCCAGGCUCUGUCAUUGUCCAGACAGCAGCUGAUGACGCUCCAAAAAACUGACAAAAGCUUAGCAUCUUUGUUUAACGAUGCAUUAUCUGAUAAGUCUGACUUCAUGUCUACUGGUUAUUUUUUAAAUGAUGGGGUUUUGAUGUGUAAAUGGACGCCUUUGAAUGUCUCCCAAGUUGAAGAAUGGAGUGUUGUAAAACAAGUUGUUGUCCCAGCCCCAUAUCGACCAGAGAUUUUGCGACUAGCACGUGACAGUCCACUAGCUGGUCACCUUGGCAUAAAGGAAACUUAUGAUCGCAUUUUGCGUCAUGUCUUUUGGCCAGGGUUGAAGAGUGAUGUCGUGCGCUACUGUAAUUCGUGUCAUUUCUGUCAAGUAUCUGGAAAACCCAAUCAGAUAGUCCCUCCUGCUCCGUUGUAUCCCAUUCCAGCCAUCUCUGAACCAUUUGAGCGAGUAUUGGUUGACUGUGUGGGUCUGUUGCCUCGAACCAAAGCGGGGAAUAAGUUCUUGGGGUCUAACUUUAUGUCUAAAGUAUUUGCGCAGGUUUUAAAUCAACUUGACAUAAAGCACCGUCAUUGA